AUGUCCUCUUCACUCCCAUCAACUUUCAAAGCCGCAGUCGUCGACCAGCCCGGUCACACCCAAACCUACGGUGCAAAACCCGGUGAAGAAUCGCCUGUAAAAUUCACGCUGAAGGACGUCCCUCUCAAACCACCAACCCACGGACAAGUUCUGGUUAAGGUUAUCGCAUCGGGUAUUUGUGGAUCUGACGUCCAUAUUCUAAACGGCCAUGUCGGCGCCCAAUUCCCACACGUCUCCGGCCACGAAAUCAUCGGCGAAGUUGCCGCUAUUCCCGAAACUGAAGACCACUGGAAGAUUGGCGAUAGAGUCGGUGGAGGCUGGCACGGUGGUCACUGCCAAUUCUGUACCCAAUGCAAACGUGGUCAAUUCCUACUCUGCGAGAACGAGGCCAUCAAUGGUGUUACUAUGUGGGGAGGGUUGGCUCAAUACGUCCUCCUUCGUCGUGAAGCCGUAGUAUCAAUCCCCAAAGAUGUCGACCCAGCAGCCUAUGCUCCAAUCCUCUGCGCCGGCGUCACAGUUUUCAACGGCCUUCGAAAUAUGAACGUCCGUCACGGUGGUACAGUCGCCAUCGCCGGAGUUGGCGGUCUAGGACAUCUUGCUAUCCAAUACGCCGCAAAUAUGGGCUACAAAGUCGUUGCGAUUGGUCGUAACGAAGCUAAGAAAGAAGAGUCGUUGAAGCUUGGGGCUAAAUCGUACAUUUACGGCUCUCCAGAGGAAAAUGCUGAACAAUUGAGGAAAUUGGGUGGUGCCGAUUGUAUUGUUAUUACCGCGAACAGUCCCGAUUUGACAUCUAAAUUGCAAGGCGGAUUGGCUAAAGGUGGUACUUUGUUGGUGCUUGCUAUUGUCGGUUCCGCCCCAUUCGACAGUACUGCACUCAUCACCCAGCAACACGCCGUCAGAGGGUGGCCUGCAGGCUCUUCAAUCGAUUCCGAGGAAGCCAUCGACUUCGCCAAGGAAUUCGGGGUUAAUUGUAUCAUUCAGAAGUUCCCAUUAGAUAAGAUUCAAGAGGCUUAUGACAUUGUCGACAACGGGAAAGUCAGAUACAGGAGUGUUAUUGUCAUGUAG